AUGAUCACCUCCACUCAGAGUUAUACCCCAUAUACGCACUCAACAUAUGUUCACUAUGUUGGCCGAGUCGGUAAAGAGGAUACCUCUCCUAUUUUGAAAACCCGCGGAUUUACUUCAACACGUGGCGACAUCGCGACUUCAGGACUCAGCCACAAAGGACUGUUCGCUACUGCAGUUCUCCUGACGACCCCCUAUUCUCUGUCCUCACCGUUAAAACGUGGCCACUUUUAUGCUAUUACUUGCAAACUCAUCGCCUCUAAUACCUCCACCGUUGAUCAUCUCUAUUACAAUGAAAACCGUGCAAUUGAUCUCGGAGUCUUCUCUGGCACAGUGACAGACAUGUUGCUAAAAGUCAUUGACAAGGUCACCGUGACUGCACACGGUUUCAUCACUCAUCUACAUACGCUCAGUAACAAUACCCAUACCACUCCUACAAUAUUGCUUACCAUGAAGUCGAACAACAAGAAUCCCACUACGGGCGCAGUCGUUUCUUGGUCUACCAAACACUACUUAUCACCGAAGUGGCAGGAUCUGCUGUAUAUCAUUAAUUAUCAAGUCGGUGCAGAAAUUGUCAGCCAAGGUGUGCUCAGGGACUAUAACGAUGCAAAUGACAUGUGGGAAUGUGACGCAGAGUCUGUAACCGUUAUUCGGAACUCAUCGAAUGUGUUCGCAGACACGUUCCCUCACGCAGCGGUCAAAACACCAGUUUCUAUCCAAAAAUGCAACAGCAGAGCUCCACCCGCUCCUUCUGUAGAUUACUCUGGUCUUACCCUCUCAUACGAAGGCGCAGAAUUAGCAUUACAUAGCCCACCGUCCCAAGAUGCUAUGUGUCCCAGCUUCCGCAAUGAAAUGCUACGAAGCGGCAAACGCCGUCGAAGCGAAGAGACACAAUCUCACUGA